UUACCUGUUACUGUUACAUGUGUUACGUUACGUCAAGUUACCUGUGUUAUUCCCCUUGUACAGGAAAAAAAGACGUAGAACGAGCAACAAAACUAAGUAGAUAAGUAUAAUUAAAUUUUUUAAGAUAGAGCAUUGUCCAUGACAUUAAUUAUACAAUGCUGUUUUCUUACUUCACUUCUCAAUUUCAUGAAACCUCUUCUCUUGUAUGGUGACCAGGCGUGUUGUAAGCCCGCACGGAAUGGUACUGAGAUGCUGCCUUCAUGGGUUUCAUGCGUUUCAGCUUGUAUUGCGUACGCCCGUCAAUUCCGAAAAUGUUAUUGUAAUGUUAACUGAGUUGACAUAGCGAUGGGCGAAAAUUGUUAAACAAAAUCUGAUAGAGAAAAUUCCUAAUCCUGGUUAAAAAAAGAACCAAAAAGACUAUAGGUAAUUAGGGUUUUGACGCUUUGAGAACGAACAUGCUAUCCUAACUCCAUCUAUUGAAAGGGAGCAAGAACAGGAAUGAUUUUUUUAUGAAGAAAGGAUUAUUGGAGUUCAGAAAGCCUUUCCAAUUUCACCAAGGCAGCUGGGCGAGCACGGAUUCAGCCAGGAGGGGACAGCGAUGUCGGUGUUAGCAUCGGCUGUUAUGUACUCGGACGCUAUGGUUGGAAAAAGUAAAGAUGUGAAGGAGGAGGAUUGUGAUUGUUACGCGGAGUCUCGCACCAGCGACGCAUGUCCUCCCAUCCGAAACGUCACACACCCAUUGCGCUACUACGAAUUCACACAAGACGAAAUUAAAGCCCUUGAAGAAUGUGACAAGGAGAGCUUCUAUCAACGCUGUGUCCCGUUCAGUGCGCUGUUCGCUUCUCUAACAUACGCUGCCGUCAAAUAUGGACAUCUGAAACCAAACCCAAGAUUUGGUCCAUUCCCAAAGGUGACAUUGGCAGUAGUGGUUGGCUACUUCUUGGGGAAGUUGUCAUACCAGCAGGCAUGUGCUGAGAAGCUGAUGGCAUUGCCCGGCAGCUAUAUAGGGCAGAUACUAAGAGAUCGGAAGAAUGGAAAGAUUGGAGGGACUUCAAUGCCAGUACAGACACCUUCAAUGUACGGAGCCACUACCAAUGAUAUAUAUUCUGAUGCUGGUCCAGGUAGCUCACUCGACUUGGACACCAACCGACCUGUCUUCAGCGAGGAUACUUACCGACCUGAUAAUGAAGGUCCAGGACCCAACCUGGAGGAACCCAUUCCAGCACGUCCGUCCGUUUCAUACGAUGACCUACGUCGCCAAAACAGAGGACAGUACGUCAAGGAGAGGCAGGAUCCUUACAGAUUGGACCCGAACGCGGCGCCUCCGGUCACUAGACCUCAACCCUCCCCUUCCCCUCCGCCCGCCACCAACAAAUAUGGCGACACGAUGGAAUGACACAGUUGUCUUAGCUAAUUUAAUACACGCGCGCGGUCCGUGAUGUUGUCCACACGGGCACGCCGGUUGAAUAGUUUUUUCAGAUAUGUUCAUAACUAAAAUUGUUGAAAAUAAAAUAAAGUAGUUAACUUA